ACAGAUUGUAGGCUGGUCCGGGACGAGUCUUGAGUCUGGACCCGGAAAAGGUGGAGCCUCGGAGCUCAAACCCGGAAGCGAGAGAGAGCCUAGAUUAGGAAACUAGGUUUCUGGGAAUCCUAGGCCUGGAAGUCCGCCGCGUGCCAUCCCUUACACCCCUAGUGGGGGAGGCGGUGGUGGGGCGGGACUCGGAGCUUAAUGUAGCAGAGGCGGGGUUCCAGAGCGAUUGCCAGGCUCUCGGGAGGGGGAGCGGCUGGAGCGCUGUGGCCCGGAUGUUCGGGCGCUGUGUUUGGACCGGCUGAUUCCCGGCUUCUCUGGGGAACCUAGUGUGGCCAAUGGCUGUCGAUAUCCAGCCAGCAUGCCUUGGACUCUACUGUGGGAAGACCCUAUUAUUUAAAAAUGGCUCAAAUGAAAUCUACGGAGAGUGCGGGGUAUGCCCAAGAGGACAGAGGACAAAUGCACAGAAAUACUGCCAGCCUUGCACAGAGUCUCCGGAACUUUAUGACUGGCUCUACCUUGGAUUUAUGGCUAUGCUUCCACUCGUUUUGCACUGGUUCUUCAUUGAAUGGUACUCGGGGAAAAAGAGCUCCAGUGCCCUUUUCCAGCACAUCACCGCGCUGUUUGAAUGCACCAUGGCAGCCAUCAUCACCUUGCUCGUGAGCGACCCUGUGGGCGUCCUCUACAUCCGCUCCUGCCGCGUACUGAUGCUUUCUGAUUGGUACACGAUGCUUUACAACCCAAGUCCAGAUUAUGUCACCACGGUGCACUGCACUCACGAAGCCGUCUACCCACUAUACACCAUCGUGUUUGUUUACUACGCCUUCUGCUUGGUGUUAAUGAUGCUGCUCCGGCCUCUCCUGGUGAAGAAGAUCGCAUGCGGACUCGGCAAGUCUGACCGGUUCAAAAGCAUUUAUGCCGCACUUUACUUCUUUCCCAUUUUAACCGUGCUGCAGGCGGUUGGUGGGGGCCUCCUAUAUUACGCCUUCCCAUACAUUAUAUUAGUGUUGUCUCUGGUCACCCUGGCUGUGUACAUGUCUGCUUCUGAAAUAGAGAACUGCUAUGAUCUUCUGGUCAGGAAGAAAAGACUUAUCGUUCUCUUCAGCCACUGGCUACUGCACGCCUAUGGAAUUGUCUCCAUCUCCAGAGUGGACAGGCUCGAACACGACCUACCGCUUUUGGCUUUGGUACCGACACCAGCUCUGUUUUACUUGUUCACUGCAAAAUUUACCGAACCAUCACGGAUACUCUCAGAAGGGGCCAAUGGACACUGAAUAUAAUAAAAUGCCAAAAAAAACCCAAAACCAAAAAAAAUCCCCAAAAGUAUUCUUAAUUACAAACAAGUAAAGAAGAAUUUAAAAUGUAUUAAUAGCAUUCUUUCACACAUGGGAAGAAGAUUGUCCAGCUAGUAUAUGCUUGGGUUUUAUCUUUUGACUUAUCGGACCUGGGGUCUGACUUGGAAAUCACAUGACCUCAUGUUACUGUACUGCAUGUACCUUACCUAUUGCACCGGAAGCCCAGGCAGACAGUUGUAAUUGCUCCGCCAUGUUUCUGAAUAUCUGUGCUAAUGGUGUCUCUUCUGCUUUUGUGACAAACCCUUCAGAAGUCUAUUGGAACCCCCUGGCUGUGGUAUCGUUCUGCCUUCUGCCCUCUGUGCAUUUGGCUCUUUACCUAGAAGGAACUGCAAAGGCAGAUGUGCUCGUGGAAUGUGACGGCAAAAACAGAACAAGGGAUGUCUUUGUCAAUGUCUAUUUAUUUUCACCAAUACAGUGUUUUAGUAAUAUUAUAAAAAUAAAGCAUAAUUUAUAUAACAGACUUCCUGUUUAGAGACAGUUUGGUUGAAGACUUGUUCAGAUGCUUGUUCCUGUAAAGAAGAAAACAGUAAGGAGUCUAACUGUAAAAUAACUCAAUGUUCUUUCUGAGCAUUCUUUCUCAGUACAGCGAUUAUGGAAGUGAUUAAAAGUGUUAAGAAAGAGUCA